AUGUAUCGGCAGAUACUCGUGCAUCCGGAUGACUGCAGAUUCCAAACGAUCCUGUGGCGUCAUUCAACUGAUGAUGAAGUGCGAGAGUACCAGCUGAGAACGGUCACCUACGGUCUGGCGUGUGCUCCGUUUCUCGCCAUACGGACACUCCGUCAGCUCGCAACGGACGAAGAAGAGCAGUUUCCUCGUGGCGCCGUAGCUCUGCGUCGAGAUUGUUAUGUCGACGAUGUGGUCACCGGCUCAAAUACGCUGAACGAUGCGAUCGCACUCCAGAUGGAAAUUCGCAACCUCUGCUUGGCGGGCGGAUUUCCGUUGAAGAAGUGGGCAGCCAACGACGAGAGGAUCCUGACUGGAGUACCAAGCGAUCAUCGUUUGCAGCAAUUGCCGCCAGCCUGGGUUGGAGAGAGCCACUCCACGCUAGGACUCCGCUGGCACCCGCAACAAGACCAGUUCUCCUUCGUGUUUAUCCGCACGCUGCCAUCAACCACACGAAGAGAACGGUUUUAUCCGAAACCGCACGGCUCUUCGAUCCAAUGGGGAUUGGACUGGGACACCCCGCUGCCGCCAUCCGACGCUCGAGAGUGGCAACGUCUUCUAGAAGAACUCCAUCUUCUAGAUCAGGUGCGAAUAAAACGCUGGCUCGGGACCGGAGCAGAUAAGACCUCGCUGCAGCUUCAUGGCUUCGCCGAUGCAUCCGAACGAGGAUAUGCAGCCGCAGUAUACAUCCGCAUCACUGAAAGGAACGAAACGUCAGUAAGGUUAUUGAUGGCCAAAAGCAAGGUAGCACCCGUCAAACAAGUGACCUUGCCGAGGCUGGAGUUGUGUGCCGCCACGCUACUCACCAAUUUGACGCGACAUAUCAAACAAACGCUCGACCUGGCAACAUCAGACACACUUUCGUCCAAUCGAGUCGCUCACAUCCAGACGCAGCUGCCUAAUGCACAAUGGAGACACGUAGCUGGUCGCGACAACCCUGCGGACUGUGCAUCAAGGGGUAUUAAUCCAAGCGAACUAAUCAAUCACGCUUUAUGGUGGACAGGACCUACCUGGUUGUCACAGCACGAAUCGGCCUGGCCAAAUUCCGUGAUGGAGAUCCGAGGAGACGACGUGCCAGAAAGGAAAGCCACGAGCCUGAUGACUGUCAACCGGGUCAUCGUCGAGCCAGAAAUCCUGCUCCGCUUCUCAUCUCUGCAUCGCCUGCUACGGAUAUCCGCAUGGUGCCGUCGCUGGCUGCGCGCUUCUGAGCCGACUCACACCGCUGGACUAACGUUGAGUCCUGAGGAACUCGACAUGGCACUCUUUCGUUGGCUUCGAGAAGUGCAGACACUGCACUUCACGGACGAGAUCACCGCAGUCGCAGCUGGACGCUCCGUCGCACCACGCAGCACAUUAGUCAAGCUGACUCCGUUCCUCGACGACCAUGGUGUUCUGAGAGUGGGAGGUCGGCUUAAGCACGCCCUGCUGACACAAGAUGAGAGGCACCCGAUGAUCAUUCCAACCUCGUCGUGGCUGACUCGUCUGCUGGUGGAAUCCUGUCACCGUCGGACGCUGCAUGGCGGAGUGCAACUUACCCUGGGGCUGCUUCGACUGCGCUUCUGGAUUCCACGAGGACGCACAGUUGUGAAACAGCAACUACAUCGCUGCGUCACCUGCACAAGAUGGCGAGCAACGACGCUGCAGCCACCGAUGGGUAAUCUACCCCGCGAUCGGGUCACUCCGACUCGGCCAUUUCUGCGCACUGGAGUGGACUAUGCAGGACCCAUCCUCAUCCGGACGAGCAAGGGACGAGGACACCGCGCCUAUAAGGGCUAUAUCGCAGUAUUCAUCUGUUUUUGGUCCAGAGCCAUCCACCUCGAACUUGUCUCGGAUUACUCUUCAGAGGCCUUCAUCGCCGCUUUACGUCGCUUUAUCUCACGUCGAGGUCUCUGUACGGACAUAUAUAGCGACUGUGGAACGACCUUCAUCGGGGCUGACCGCACUUUACGGGAACUCUUCGUCGCUGCAUCCACAGAGGGUCGUGGAAUCGCACGCGUAGCUGCUGAACAUGGCAUACGGUGGCACUUUAAUCCACCAGCAGCUCCGCACUUCGGCGGAUUGUGGGAGGCAGCCGUCAAAUCCGCUAAGUAUCACUUACGGAGGGUGAUAGGUGAAACCACUCUCACCUUUGAGGAACUGACCACUCUCCUCACACAAAUUGAGGCCUGUUUAAAUUCUCGUCCAUUACAGGCACUCUCUGACGAUCCAGACGAUAUUACAGCACUGACUCCGGGCCACUUCCUGAUCGGCGCGCCGCUUCUCGCCAUCCCGGAGCCAGUACAGGAGGACACCAGUGGAUCCGCAGCAUCACGAUGGCAUCAUCUCCAGGCGAUGCGAGAUCACUUUUGGCAAAGAUGGUCGGGAGAGUACAUCCAUGGACUCAUCUCACGACCUAAAUGGUUGAAGGUCGAUACCACACCUCACAUCGGAGCACUCUGCCUUGUGCGCUCCGAGAUUUCGCCUCCAAACCGAUGGCCUCUCGCCCGGAUCACAAAACUGCAUCCCGGCGACGACGGGAUCGUACGCGUGGUCACCGUUCGAACCGCGACCUCCGAGCUCGUGCGUCCGCUCGUAAAAAUCGUCUUACUUCCCGACUUCACAACGGACGUAACGACACGCAACGCAUAG